CCUGUCAGACUGCGUGAGCGGUGAGGAGGAGGUGCAUGGUGGAGGUGGAGGUGACCCAUUUGGCUCUUUUGUCCAUGCGCCACUUUUGAAGGAGUCCAGCCGACAUGGCUUGACCCAGGCAGAGGAGUUCUUUCAAAUGUGUUGUGAGCCACUCGCCUGGCCACAAUUGGAUUCACAUGCUGCACUUUGUCCCGAGGCUGUUCAGGACGCAAUGACAAAGGCGUUUUUUUUUUCCAUUUCAAAUGGCUUGACGCAAGAGUGCGCCGCUGUUUCCGAGCGUUGAACCGGCGCCUUCAUAUCAACUUUUAAGUCGUCUUUUAUCCUUUUUUUCUUUCUUUGUUUUGUGGAGGAGUUGCAGCCUUUGGACAAGGCGACUGACGCACGCACGCACGGGCUCGCUCGCUGGCUCACUCAGCCCCGAGAGCGCAGUGGGACAACACCAUGACCCUCGGUUGGCUUGCCUUGGUCGGAUUGUGCUUGGGAGCCUAUUACUGCACCUCCCCGGCGGCGGCGGCAGCGGGGAACCACUACUCACUGGACGGGAGCGGCCAAGCGCACCAAGGCUUCAUCCAGCGCCGCCUCAGGACGCACGAGAGGAGGGAGAUGCAGAAGGAGAUCCUCUCCAUCCUGGGUCUACCGCACAGACCCAGGCCGCAUCUUUCGCACGCCAAGUACAACUCGGCACCGCUCUUCAUGUUGGACCUGUACAACACCAUCUCCAGCGGGGGGGACACGAGCCGAGCGGACGGCGCGUCGGAGCUCUACGAGCCCAUGAGGACCACGCGGAGCCCGCCGCCGCCGCCGCCGCUGGCCACCUUUCAAGAAGCGGCUUUCCUCAACGACGCUGACAUGGUGAUGAGCUUCGUUAAUUUGGUGGAGCACGACCGGGAGCUCUCCCUGCAGCGGCGUCAGCACAAAGAGUACAAGUUCAACCUGUCGCAGAUCCCCGAGGGCGAGGCCGUCACCGCCGCCGAGUUCCGCCUCUACAAGGAGUGCGUGAGCCGAGCCUUCUGCAACGACACCUUCCUGCUCAAAGUCUACCAAGUGGUCAAGGAGCACCCAGACAGAGAGGCCGAUCUUUUCCUGCUGGAGUCUCGCAGGCUGUGGGCACUGGAAGAGGGCUGGUUGGAGUUUGACAUCACGGCCACGAGCAACCUGUGGGUGAUGAGUCCACUGCAUAACCUGGGCCUCCAGAUUAGCGUGGAGACCAGCAGCGGAAAGAGUAUCAGUCCCAAAGAUGCUGGGCUGGUGGGGCGCGACGGCGCUCUGGAAAAGCAGCCUUUCAUGGUGGCCUUCUUCAAGGUCAGCGAAUUGCACUUCCGCAGCGCCCGCUCCGCCGGCGGCAAACGUCGCCAGCAGAACCGCAAUCGAUCCACGCAAACGCAGGAGGUGUCCAGAGGGCCCAGCCAAGCAGACUACAAUGGCAGCGAUCAGAAGGCGGCCUGCAGAAAACACGAGCUCUACGUCAGCUUUCGAGAGCUGGGCUGGCAGGACUGGAUCAUCGCUCCCGAAGGCUACGCCGCCAACUAUUGCGACGGCGAGUGCUCCUUCCCUCUCAACGCCCACAUGAACGCCACCAACCAUGCCAUUGUACAGACGCUGGUGCACCUGAUGAAUCCCGAGAAUGUCCCGAAGCCCUGCUGUGCCCCCACCAAGCUCCACGCGAUCUCUGUGCUCUACUUUGACGACAACUCAAACGUCAUUUUGAAGAAAUACAAGAACAUGGUGGUGCGAGCGUGCGGUUGCCACUGACAACCGGGCUGGCCUUUCCUUUGGGAUGGCCUUUCCUUUGGGCUGACCAUCCAUGUAUUCCUCAGGCCUGCACAACACUGAAAGAUGGUUGAGCGCUUACACAAACGUUGCUCGGAAAAGGAUCGAAAGGGAUUUCAUGGCAACCUCCAGGAAAGAUGCUCCAAGUGAUCCCGAUUGUGGUGUGAGUGGGCAAAACUAAACUGUGAUUGGACCAGUGCUGCUUUCAUGCCUGCCCCUCCCUUUCAUUUUUACUCGCCCUCCAGAAGACAUUAGGAAAUGCUCAUUUUGUCUUCCUUCUUUCGCAUUGGAGUGGAAUUUAUUAUCCUCAUUCUGGAUGAAUGGCCAGCGUUCUCCCAGUGGCUGUAAAGUUCUUAUCAACACUUGCGUACGGGUUCAAGUGGCAGCCAAAGUCCCUGCAGGAGAUAAUCCCAUUCUCGCCAAAGGUUCUGGGUAAGUAUUGGUAAACCGACUCAUUUAUCCCAUCAACACAUCAGUAAGGCAUUAAAGUCCCUGUAAAGUGAAAAUAAAUGUCUUAUAAAGUUGACAAGCCAUAGAGACUCAUUUAUAUAUAGCACAGGUGUCAAACUCAAGGCCCGGCCCGGGGGUUACAUCAUUUGAUGUGGCCUGCAAAGACAAAUUGGGCAUCAAAUUCCUGUCAUUACUAGAUCUGCAAAUCACUUGUAAUAUUUUGGGGGGAAAUAUUUGACCAGUUUUUACUCGUCUGAUUUGAAAACGAGUUAUUUGUCAGUUUGUUUUGUAGCUUUGACUGUAUAUAUAAUAUAAGGUGCUCAUACAUUGAUUUGUGUGUAGACAGUCACGACGGCUCUCCGAAAAAAGCUCUGACUACAAUGCGGCCCGUGGAAAAAAUGGGUUUGACACCCCUGCUUUAAAUCUAGGGUUUCAAAUGAAGGUUCAAAGCUAGGCUUAGGGUUUCAAACUUGGGUUUAAAGCACUGGUUAGGCUUUCAAGCUACUACUUUGAAACCCUAGCCUUAUGCAGGAUGUGCAAGUUUGGACUUUGACGCCAUUUCUUGACGAAUACGAUUAAAUCUAAUUGAAUGCUGUACAUUUCUCCCAAAACUUCUAAAUCCACUUUGCAGGGUCUUUAAUGCAAGGUCACAGUGUCAAAUGUUUCCAAGGAAAACUCAACCAUGAUUUGCAGUGAAAUCCAUUUUUUUCAGUUAUUUGCUUUCAAAUGAUAUUUACACUCCCAAAAUAUAAAAUGGACCGAACCACAGGCUAUUUCAGCAGCAGCAGCGUCCUCCAAAUAAAGCCCCUCAGUGUCAAUAUUUGUGUUCAACGUGAUGCAUGUUGCGGCUAAAGGGAUGUUCUGGUCCAAACAAGUGAAGAAUAAGGCCUUAUCCGCUCAACACGCCAUCAAGAAAGUGUGCAAAGAGACACUCUAGUUUGAAGGCGCUUUGUUUUUCUAUUGAGCAUGUUACGGUGGAGUCUUUUGGACAAUAUAUUUGAAUGGAAAUCUUCUAAUAGCAAUACUAAGCAUCUCAAUACCUUCUGUGCCUAGCCAAUCAUCAAACACCAAAUAUACCUCUGCUAAGCUGCUGUUUACAUUUGUGAUCAUCUUUAGACUGUUGUGUAAAUAGUUGUACAUUCCGUUUAUUUAUUGCACUUUUUUUUUUUUAAAGUAACAAAAAUAAAGGACACCUUACGAGAGACACACGGAGAAACAAGAAUUUACUUUGACAUUUCUUUUAUUAUGAAAUCUUCUGUUACAACUUGCCAUGGCUAGUUUUGUACAAAUCCACGGGCAGUGCGCAAGCCAUGACUGCAUAACACACAAAAGAGGAGUUCCUUCAGACCAUGUGCUUUCCAUAAAGAUUUACUGGCAAAAUCUGCUUUAUGUGUGUUACCUGCUUUUACAUUUGUCACAUGAAGUGGUGUCAAGGAGCAACAUGUGCGCCACAUCUCAUUCACACACACACACACGGUUUCAGCAUGUGGAGUGCUUUUAUUUAUGGAUGGCGUUUUUAGGAACUAAUUCAGUGCUUUGACCCCACUGGGCCACAGAAAACACUUCCUUUGACAAGUACAAAAACAAUAAGGCUAUUUUAAAACCACAUCGUUAGUGGCUCGUCAUUCUAUGCAGGUCCAUAAAGCCUUCUAGUACCAUUCGGGUUCAACAGAAGGAGCAGACACUAGAU